CUGCUGAGGGAGAUGGAAGCAUUGGAGGCGUCACUUCAGCAGCACCACAUCAACCCGCAAGCCGCCCACAUUCAGGGCUGCCGCUACCUCUGCACCGACCCUCUGCUCCGCUCCUUUUCUGCCUCCCCGCCCUGCAAAGUCACCACCCUCGCCAAGGACUCCCUUGCGGUGCUGAACCAGAUGAGACACGAGGCGGACAGGCAGCAGCAGAGGAGGGAGAUGAUGAGGGUGCAGGGGGGAAGAAGGAAGAGAAGAGAUGCGUUUACUGGGAGGGCGAGAAGAGGAGAGAAAGUCGACUCAAACGUCUCCUCCCAUGCAGUGUUGAACUAGAUGUGACAGGAGGUGGACAGGCAGCAGCAGAGGAGGGUUCUGCUUUUGAGUCGACUCAAGAGGAGGGUUUCGCCUUUGAGUCGACUCAAGAGGAGGGUUUCGCUUUUGAGUCGACUCAAAAAGAGACAGGAGGUGGACAGGCAGCAGCAGAUGAGGGAGAUGAUGAGGGUGCAGGGAGGAGAAAGGAUAUUGCCAUCUCAACAGCUACCUUUGCUCCUCUUCCCUCUGACUGCUCUCCUGCUCUUCUCAUUAACUUAUCUCCUGCUCUUCUCAUUAACGUAUCUCCUGCUUUUCUCAUUAAAUUAUCUCCUGCUCUUCUCAUUAACGUAUCUCCUGCUCUUCUCAUUAAAUUAUCUCCUGCUCUUCUCAUUAACUUAUCUCCUGCUCUUCUCAUUAACUUAUCUCCUGCUCUUCUCAUUAACUUAUCUCCUGCUCUUCUCAUUAACUUGUCUCUUGCUCUUCUCAUUAACUUAUCUCCUGCUCUUCUCAUUAACUUAUCUCCUGCUCUUCUCAUUAACUUAUCUCCUGCUCUUCUCAUUAACUUAUCUCUUGCUCUUCUCAUUAACUUCUCUCCUGCUCUUCUCAUGAAGUUAUCUCCUGCUCUUCUCAUUAACUUCUCUCCUGCUCUUCUCAUUAACUUUUCUCCUGCUCUUCUCAUUAACUUCUCUCCUGCUCUUCUCAUUAACUUAUCUCCUGCUUUCUCAUUAACUUAUCUCCUGCUCUUCUCAUUAACUUCUCUCCUGCUCUUCUCAUUAACUUUCUCCUGCUUUCUCAUUAACUUCUCUCCUGCUCUUCUCAUUAACUUCUCUCCUGCUCUUCUCAUUGACUUCUCUCCUGCUCGUCCUUCUGACUGCUUGCCUGCUCUUCUCUCUGACUGCACCCCUGCUCUUCCCACUGACCACGCUUGCUGGAAGGAGCAACAUUCGGCCAGCACACGAGGAAUAGAUUCGGAGAUGGAGAAUUCCAAGGGCGAAGAGGGGGAUCGGAGAGGGAGAGAGGCGGAGGGAGCGGCAGAUGUGGGAGGCGAGGGGGAGCAGAGUGUAGCUGUUGUUGGGGAGAGGAAAGGGAUAAGUCCGGAGGAGGGAGGAGAGGGUGGGGUGGAAGAGGCGGGAGAGGAGUGGCUUGCAGAGAGGGAUGAGGAGGAGAUUGAGGAGGAGAGUGAGGAGGAGAGUGAGGAGGAGAGUGAGGAGGUGGCAUCGAAGGUGGGGAGGAAUGCGUGGGUGGUGGAGAGAAGGAGUGGCGGGCGGCAGCUGGUGGUGGCAGUGGAGAGAGGAUGCGACUCGCUGCUGGGAGCAGAAGAACUUGUGGACAGACUGAAUGCCCAGUGA